AUGGAUUGGAGUGGUUCUACUGGUUUCUCAUUCUGUCGCUAUUCGCUUACUAUCAUAUCCAGGACUCAGCCAAACAGUGAAGAUAAUUUGUCGCACUUCGGAUCCUCUAUGAUUUACGCUAGCUAUGUGAAAUGGGUGGAGGCUGCAGGAGGGCGCGCAGUUCCAAUUCACUACGAUUCAUCCCCGGAACGCAUCACCGAACUCUUCAACUCCGUGAAUGGAGUGCUUUACAUGGGCGGGGCAUCAGACAUUCAGUCGUAUAACCCUUACUACAACGCUGGCCUGCAGUUAUUUGAGCUCACAAAGAAAGCAAACGAGGCUGGUAAGCACACGCCUCUGUGGGGCACAUGCCUUGGCCAUGAGUUCUUGGCCGUCAUGGUGAGCGAAGACUUCAACAUUCUCGAUACGGGAUUCAAAGCUGAGAACCUAUCUCUGCCACUUGAUUUCACCAAUGAGGCAAAGGACUCUGUCAUGUUUGCGCACGCUCCCCAAAGUGUUAUGGAGAGCCUCGCCAUUGAAAAGAUUACUUCCAAUGAACACGGCAUGGGUGUCACACCCUCGAGAUUCUACGGUAACAAGAAACUCAACGAUUUCUUCAAAGUACUGUCCACCAACAAGGAUCGAGUAGGCGCAGAAUUUGUAUCUGCUUUCGAGGCAAGAGACUUCCCAAUCUUCGGCGUCCAGUUCCACCCAGAAAAGAAUGUGUUCGAAUUCGAAAAGCACCACGACACCUCCCACACGGCAUCGGCUAUCUCUGCGGCUCUGUAUAUGGCGACCGAGUUUAUUAACCACGCACGCCGGAACCCCAACACGUUCGCGACAGAGAAGGGCGAGUAUGACGCUUUGAUCUACGCCCACGAGCCUACACGUACGUACACGCAGACUGGGGGACACUUUGAGCAAAUGUACUUCUUCAACAACACAGAUUGA